CUCAGGCGGGGCGGCCCUUGUGCAGACCGGCUGGCUAUAAAAGAAGUAACAAGCUUCCCAGCACACCAGACACAGCUCCUCCUCUCACCGCAGCGGAACCUUCCUUCACUCGACAUCAUGCGAGCUCUGACUCUCCUGUUGGUGGUUGUUGUGGCCCUGACGGCGCUGGUGGUGGUGCAGGCCAUGCCAGAACCAGUCGCAGCUCCUCACCCCGAGGCCCUCGCUGACCCAGCUGCCGCCCCUGACCCCAGCAGGCGAUUCGGCUACGGAUUUGGAUUUGGCGGCUAUGGCGGCGGUCACCACCACCAUCACGGUCACCACGGAUACUACCGCCCUCACUACCGUCCAUCCUAUGGCCACGGCGGCCACUACCACCACCACCACCACCACUGAUGCGCAAGCCCGUAAUGGACAAGACAGGAAACCUAUAUAAGCAGUCUUGGAAUGUUCAAGGCUUCGGCAGCGACACAUCAACACACCUAUUACCACUUCUAAACCACUUCCUCAACUACUUCCCCUGCCGCCUCUACUCUCCAUCUAAAGAACUUCUUCUGUCACUCAUCUUCGCCAAACCAACACUGUAACCAUGUUCGGUCGUCUGUCUCUCUCUUUUUUUUUUUUUUCCUAUGGAAAAUAAAGUGUAAAAAUGUUGUA